AGGAAUUCCAAGAUUAGCCAAUCAGCACCCGGGAAUUGAUCACGUGACUACCCAGAAAUAGCUUGUACGUCGGCAGGACUACGUUGCAAAGGAAAGACGGAGGGUUGUUGUUAAAUCUUUUCCUACGUUUUCUUCAUUUUCUAGCGUAUAUUGUACCAUUCUAAAGGAUCCAACCAGAAGGUUUGAGAAUGGAUCAAGCACAGGCCAAUCCCACACUUUGUCGGAAUGGCUGUGGGUUCUACGGCACAUCAGCCAAUGACGGCAUGUGUUCCAAGUGCUACAAGGACACUCUCAGGAGAAAGCAAAACUCCCCUAACUCUGGAAGGAUAAGCCCAGCAGGCAACAGCAGUAGCACUUCCACCAACACUGUGACCCAUGAAGAACCCUCGCCUGUCGGGAGCUGGGACGAUGCUGCCGAUUCGUCCACGAGUCCACAGGCCGCGGAGGCGCAAGCAGAGGUAGAGGGGGCCGUGGCACCAACAACAACGAACGCGGCCGAUAGUACGACCUUACAAGAAGAAGAUCAGUCAGACAGGUCACAGAAUAGUCCCGAUUCACAGAAAGGCAAAUCCAAGAAAAAUCGCUGUUUCACAUGCCGGAAGAAAGUAGGACUUACAGGUUUUUCGUGUCGCUGUGGUGGUUUAUACUGCGGGCUUCACCGGUAUUCCGACAAACACGAUUGUACGUUUGACUACAAGGCAGCUGGACAAGAGCAGAUCCGCAAGAAUAACCCGGUCGUUGUCGGAGAGAAGAUCCAAAAGCUUUAGGGCGGAAUACGCGGGAAUUUCGUGGGGACAGUUGUGAAUGGAGACUUUGUGUGCACAUUCAUCAAUAAUGAGGCCAGCAGUGAUGGAAUCAUUUCUUAAAAAACAGAAAAAAAAACAAUGAUAUCUUGACAUAGGCAUGUAUUACGUAUUACCUGACUUCAGCUAUUUCUGUCAUACCUUAAGCCACAGUGUUCAGCUUACUGUCAUGUCUUAGGUUAUUUGACAUAUUAUAUUCUUUAGUGUAAACGAGCGAUUGAAUAUUAGAAAAAAAGGACUGUAAUUGGACAUAAUAGACACUUCCUAGUUGCAUGCAAAAACCUCAUAUAAAAAUGUGCAUAAAGGUGAGAAUAGUGCAAAAAUAACUCCAUGUUAUAGCAGAAACAUUUUGACUGCAUUUACCUGGGUUUUAACAAGUGAAAUAUCUGAAAAAGGGGAGUAAUUUGGGGUGGUUUGUAUCUACAUGUAGCCUUUGCUUCGAUUCGUAUAUCCAGCACUAUCGUCCAUUAGCUUACGAAAAUCCUUGGCUUGAAACAACUUUGCAAAUGUAUUACCUACACUGUACUUCGCAUCCUACUCAAUAGGUGUCUCUUCUGCAAGUGAGGUUGAUAGUCAAUAGCUGUGUGUGACAUAACAUCCUUGCAGUCUGUAUUUAUUGAUAACACCAUCCUCUUCUAUAUAGUGGAUAAUUACUGUGUUUGAUUUAUCAUAGUUUAUGAGAAAGAGACCUUUAUGAUUGCUAGCAGCUCUUUGUUCUAUUAGAUUGAGACCUGUGUAUGGAUCUCAAGCUAUAAUUGUAUGUGACAAUUUUUUUUUCUUCAGUUGAGGGGGGAAGUCAAACAGUAAUCUCUCACCACAGGGAGAAACACUGUCAACAGAGGGAUUACCCUGUUGUGUUUGUGUUUAUUAAAGCAUUUCAGUGAUACUAA